AUGUCACUCCCUACCAGGCGUUUGCACCGGCUCUCGAUUAGCAGCGACAUGCCCGAUCGACGUUUCCCGGGGGAGGGACCUGCCCGUCCUGACAGUGGGCAAAUCGAAAGCAGCUCAGAGGAGAGCGAAUCAGAAGAAGAAGCGUCUCCUGAAAGGUCUACGAUACAGGGGAGCUCCGGAAUUAACUACAGCCUCGACAGGCUGGACAACGACGCCGAAGCGAGAGCUCUUGUCGGGCUAGCGAGCGAGUUCGAUAUAACCACUUGCAGUAGAUGGCCGACGGGGUAUCAUUUUCAGCUCUCGGAGCAUCGACAGGUGCAUGUUGGUCCGGAUGGCUAUACUUGUACUUGCUUGACCUUUGUGAGCCGUCCUAAUGUGGCGUGUCAGCACAUUUUCUGGCUUCUCGACAGACUUCACAGCAACUUCACCCCCCAAGACACCCCUAACACCAUCCCACUAUCAACCGACGGCCACCCCCCAGGCCACCCCCGCAUCGAACGCCUCCUCCACGGAAAACUAGAGCAGAUCGCAGACCAGCACAACUGGCCCUACAUCCGCUCCGAAUCCGAAGGCGGCAUGACCCGGCCUCAAAAGGUAAAAGACAUCAUAACAGCCUUCAGCGCAACCAUCCUUCCAGAAGACUUCCGCCCCGACCUCACAGACGACCCCGCCCACCGCCGCACCCCAGAGCAGUGCGUCGUCCAGGGCGACUUCGAAGCCACGAUGUUCAGACUAGCUACCCACGACGACGCGGUCUACUCCCCUAUCUACUUUGAUAAAAUCCAGGGCCAAUCUCGCAAACUACUCGCUGAUUUCGACCGCUACGCCCUGACGGGCCACCUCCCCGCUGAUGACAACAACAACACCAACCCCAUAGACGUCCGCACCGUCCUCCACAAAAUCCAACUCAACGUCUACCGUAUCCAAAGCAAUAUCAUCGCGCGCGCCCCGCACGGCACAGAAAGCGCAUCCAAGGCCCUCAUCACGCUCCUCGAAGACAUCUGCAGUCGCAACAAAGACGCCCUAGACGGCAACAGAUGGGGCCGGACGACCUUCCACGGCGAAGACGAGGACAGCCGCAAUCUGUACCAUCAGCUUAUCGGCACUGCCGAGGAGACAGGGCGCUGCUUUGUGCUCGACGCCCUGGAGCAUCUGCCUGCGUCGGCGCUCCACCAGUUCCGGGAUCGGUUGAUGGCUGUUCAGCGUAAGGCGGAGGUGAACCGUGCGCCGAAGGCGUAUAUAUUGAAGCUUGGGGGGCUGGUUCGGAGGGCUGAGGCUGUGGGGGCUGUGCUGGGUCAGAAACGGUUGUCUACGGCUGCGCCUAGGGGGCAGAGUAAACGGACGCGGUAG